CAAGGCACCGAUCCGAUCGAUCGAUCGAUCGAUCGAAGCCAACCAAAGAAAGCAGGAACUUGGCCACAAGGCAAACAAAUGAAAACUUCGCAACUCGUAACACACACACACGCACACACAUAGACACUAGCGCACUAACACUUCCGCUGGCGGAGGAAUUCGCAGCAGGAAAAAAAGAAAAGAAAGAAAAAAGUACAAGUUACAUAACUCGCUGGUGCACUCGGGGGUAGAAGAAGUGGGCGUAAGGGGCGUGGACCGGGGGCCCAGUCUGCAUCUGAAUCCUCAUCCGCGAAUCCGAAAAUCCGAUACGUUUCAGAGUCGCAAUCGCAAUCGCAAGUUAAGCAUAGAAUAGAUUCGAGCUGAAACUCGAACUAAACUGGAAGGAUUCUCCACAACAACAACAACAACAGCAGGAACAACCACGGACGAUAACGUAACGUAGCCGCAACGUUGGAACAGCAGCAGCAACAACAACAAGAACAUCAGCAGCGGACAUCGCAAACAAUUUCGAAUUGCAGAUCAUCUACUACAUCCAUCCGACAUGUCGGCGGCCCGGCUGCCCUACUAUCAGCAGGAUCAGGAGGACCAGCAGCGGCGCACCGCACGUGGCCAUCAGCAGCGCGGCUACUACGAGCGUGCCUCCUCCUCCAGGCGGGACAGGGAGCGGGAUCGGGAUCGGGAGCGGGAGCGCAGCAAUCGCUACAGUCGCAGCCGUUCGCGUUCCCGCAGUCGCAGUCGCAGCCGCUCCGAGGAGCGUUCUAGCCAGCGGCGCCGUCGCCACGAGCAGCAGCGUCCCUCGUCCCGCUACCACAGGGAUCGCGACUCCAGGGAGCGUGACUACUCGAGGCGCUCCAGCCACUACCGCCGCUCGGAAUCGCCAGCCUCCGCCUCGAACCCCUCAACCAACAGCAGCAGCAGCAGCAGCGGCCAGCGCAGGGGCCACCAGCCCUCGUCCGCCGGCAGAUCAGAACUGAGCGCCGUACAGAAGGCAGCCGCUGCCGCCGCCGCCGCCGCAGAACAAGUACAAAUGGCCGGCAAGAGCAUGAGUGCCGCUGCCGCCGCUUCGGCAGUGGGCGCCUACUAUAACCUGGACACCGACGAGCCCUUCGACAAGGAGCGCAUCCACCGCGAGAUGGAGCAGAAGCUGCGCGAGGCGUUGGCCCGGGAGGGCAAGGUGUAUCCGCCGCCCAAGCCGGAGCCGCCCUCGCAUCCCGUCUUCGCCAACGACGGCUCGUUCAUGGAGCUGUUCAAGAAGAUGCAGGAGGGCCAGAAACAGCAGCAGCAGCCGAUGCAGCAGCAGCCAGGAGCCAUGGAGGAGAUGCUACAGCAGCAGCAGCAGCAGUUGGCCUCGGCGGAGGCAUCCUCCUCCUCGGCGCCCGCGCUUCCUGCGAUUGCUGUUGGGGCUGCCAGCAGCGCUGCGGCUCCGUAUAUUGCAGCCGCCGCUGCUGGGAAGUCGGCGCCGCCACCUCCGCUGGUGGGACGACGUCGCGGCGGAAAGGUGCUGAAGACCGGCGUGGUGGCCAAGCUGAAGACGCCCAACGAGAGCGACGUGGACCCCAAGGACUUCUGGUCACUGUAUUUGGCCGAGGUCAACAAGUACAAGAGCAACGCCUGCGAUACGGACAAUGGCAAGCGGCCGCUGGUCAAGUAGAAAGCGGGAAACGGGAAACAGGAAACUUGAACUUGAACGCAGGCCGAGCAGAGAAACGUGAAAUUCGAUUUUGAUUCGACCAAUACCACCCAGUCCCAUUCACUAGACACUAGACCCUCAGAGGAUUUUUGAAACACGAGAAUAGAGGCGGGCACAGAGAUCCGUAGUUUGUAGACGUAGUCGAGGGCUUUCGAGCUGUGUAAUUUGUAUUUUUUUCACACGGGUCGAGGGACUAGCCGCUGCCUCGAUCCUUAUACACAUAAUACGAUAAUCAUAAUCUAGCCAGUAAGAAGUACUUUUAGAAGAUCCAUGCGAGAUGUAUCUCUCUAUAAAAUAUGAUUACGAUAUAUAUAUAUAUACAUAUACCGCUCAUUAAGCAACCGCAAACUUGAA